GCAUCCAUCAGUCCAUCAAGUUUGGUGUCACAAGGUGCCACUAUGGAGCUGCGCUGCAACAGCAGAGGCAAUCCUCCCAUUACCAGCUACGCCUGGUUCAAGAACAGUGGACGUGGAGACAGUAAAGUCUCUUCAGCGCAGACUUUCAGCUUCAAUGCUACUGAGCGAGCCGCCUUUAUCUGUGAGGCCACAAAUAGGCUUGGGAGUCACAAAUCGAAAAGCAUCUGUGUUGACAUCAAGGAUGCUCCUAAAGACACCUCAGCAUCCAUCAGUCCAUCAGAUGAGGAGUCAGAUGAUGGCUGGGUGGAGCUGAGCUGCUCCAGCAGAGCCAAACCUCCACCCAGUUUCACCUGGUUCAAGAAAGGCCCCCAAAUAUCCACUCAAGUAGCUACAGGCAUCUUUCACAAGGUUCAAUUCACUCAGGGCGGGCAGUACUUCUGUGUAGCUGCAAAUACGCUGGGUAGUCAGAAAUCAUCACCGGUCAGUGUCAGAACAAAAGGUUUACCGGGACUGUGGAUGUAUAUUGUAAUAGCGAUUUUGGGAAUAGGACUUCUUAGAAGUACACACUUCAUGAUUAAAAAAUGGAUCCAAGCCUCCUCAUCCAGUCAAGCUCAUUAGUUGUGCUUGUGUUUAACACUAAAAAUAAAAUGUUACAACCCACUUCAA